CCGGAGAGGAGUAAGCUCGGCCGACUACGCGUCGGCCGCGAUGGAGGUGAUGGAGGCGUGCGUCGCUGCCUGUGCGGUCGAGCUGGGGCCGUGAAUGAAUGUUUAAAAGACAGAGCAGACACUUGCGCAGACUUUGGUGACAGACUGGAGCCAAAGUGGGGGAGGCCAAUCACGUGAAUAAAAAAAAAAUCCAGAAGCUCACCACCCAUGCCAUUGGAGAAACGUUCCCUGCUUGAGUGUCUUUGAGUGAGAAAACAAAAUGCAGAAAGCAACAUACUACGACAACUCUGGGCUCUUCGGAGGCUACAGUUACCCCAAGACUGACUCGUACAACUACGCCCACCAGUCCUACCCUGCGGCCAACAUCGACGCAGACUACCAGGGCUCUGUAUGCCCCAUCCAGACCCCCCCUGUCCGGCCACUGACCCUCAAAGAGACUGAUUUAAAUGGGGACUGCAUGGGGCAAAUGGGCAGCCAAAGCAACAACAGCAACGCUAACAGCAACAGCAGCAGCAGCCAAGCCUCGAGUGUCGGGGACCAGCAGCAGCCGCAGCAACAGCCACAGCAGCAGCCGCCAUCGCCCGGCUCCAACGGCCCUGCGUCCCAGAAGAAGAAAGCUCCGCCUGGGAGCAGCAACACGUCGCCCGCCCUGACCAAGCAGAUCUUCCCGUGGAUGAAGGAGACCCGGCAGAAUGCCAAGCAGAAGACAAAUAACAACUGCCCCGCUGCUGCAGGAGAGGUGAGCGACGAAAAGAGUCCGACCGGGCCGGCGUCCAAGCGGGUUCGAACCGCAUACACCAGCGCGCAGCUGGUGGAGUUGGAGAAGGAAUUCCACUUCAACCGCUACCUCUGCCGCCCACGCAGAGUGGAGAUGGCCAAUCUGUUGAACCUGACCGAGCGCCAGAUCAAGAUCUGGUUCCAGAACAGGAGGAUGAAGUACAAAAAGGACCAAAAGUCUAAAGGGAUCGCACACUCGCCCCUGGGGCACUCCCCGGACAGAAGCCCGCCGCUCAACGGCCCCAAUCACAUCGGCUAUUCCGGCCAGCUCGGCAACUCGCUGGCCUACGACGCCCCCUCGCCUCCGCCCUUCUCUAAACCCCAGCAGAACAUGUACGGCCUGGCCGCCUACACGGCCCCGCUGGGCGGCUGCAUGCCGCAGCAGAAGCGCUACCAGAACGCAGAGUACGAGCACCACGCCAUGCAGAGCGGCGCCACCUUCGCCGGGGCCAACUUGCAGGGUAGCCCCGUAUACGUGGGAGGGAACUUUGUGGAUUCCAUGCCAGCGUCGGGGCCCGUGUUCAACCUGGGUCACCUUCCCCACCCGUCGUCCACCGGCGUGGACUACAGCUGCGCCGCCCAGAUCCCGGGUAACCACCACCACGGACCCUGUGACCCCCACCCCACCUACACGGACCUCACCUCGCACCAAGCCACUCAGGGAAGGAUUCAGGAAGCUCCGAAACUCACGCACUUGUAAUAGAAGUGGAGACGCGUGGCCCGAGAUUUACGUGCCGCUCUUUUAUGACCUCACAAUUCUCAUAACUCCGAGCGAGUUAUCGUCAUCGCAGUAUUAAUGUGACUAUUAUUGUGCAUUUUACGCUCCUCUCUCAUUUUUAUUGAACGAGUGGGGAAUGUCUGGGAAUUCACGUUUCUUUUUUUCCUUUUAUAAAUAUAUCAAUAUAUAAAGUGCAAUGCGCAUUUUUGACUGAAUAUUUGACUUGAAGUAAGACUUGUAGAUGAACGUAGAAACUCAUUAGUAGUGAGAAGGACCUUUUUUUAGUCCCGUUUUUCUUUUUUUGUCAGGCUCUCUCCUCAUCGUCGUAUUUAUUUAUUCUCAUGAUUAUAGAAUAAUCGUUUUCCGGGCCCUUAUCUAUUUAUUAUUUAAUGAUUGCACAUUAUUUAUCGUUUAUAUGCGAGUAUUUAUACGUGUAUUUAAUUUUUUUAUUUGCUUUUUUGUAAGGUUGGACAGAUCAGUGCACUUGAUGGCAAAACAGGGUUGUUGAACAAAAAAAAUGUAAUUGUAUAUCGGGGACAAAUGGGACAUUUUAUAGUGUAAAAGCAUCACUAUGUGUCCAUGGUUAAUCUAGUGUGGAAUCUUAAGCAAAUCGUAGACUAUCGAAGUAUGAAAUAUUGUACACACCAGCAUGUCAUUCUGGUUUCUGUAUUUAUUCAUUUGUCUGGCAUCGUCACUCAUGAAAUUCCCA